AGUUGGCAAUUCCAGCACUCUUGUCAAGUGGGGAGCUGCUAGGUGCAGGUGCUGUUUUAAAAUGACACUGGGACAAAUCACCACUGCCCCCCUGGAUUUGGUUAGAAAUUUCUGUGUCUUUCAAUGGACGAGAAAAAAAAUUGCAUGUUUGUAAUCACCAUAAAAACCUUCCAUUGGAGUCCAGUGAGGGACACAUGUCCUCUGUGUUCAUAGUCAUGCUCUUAGUACUGCUUUGCUACAAAACUGAGACACGCAUGUAGUAGUUAUCAUGGGCUAGCCUACAGUUUGGCUUUUUUUAUUCUUUUUUUGUUUGGGCAGUAUAACCUGAAGGUUUAAGGACUGCAAAAUACAUAUAUACUAGCAAAAAUAAACAGGCUUUCUAACCUUUGCUAAAACAAACAAAAAAAAUACAGCUAGAAUCUGACUUAUGGCUAUGUGUAAAUAUAUUUAAGAUAUCUAAAGGUUGUAUUCCACACCAUGCAUAGGGCAUUCCAGACAAAUGGCAUUUUCUUCCCUAAGCUGUUUAUAAUGGCACAACUUUCUGUAUUUAUCUCCCACCUUCCCUUCAGUAUAAUGAUAAAAUUAGUUUUUCAGCCACCCCUCUUCUUGUCAUGCUUCUUAGCUGCAGGCUCCGUGUUGCUCAGUCAUACAUGUGACUCCCUUGUUCUUUCAUCCCAAUUACACUGAAUUAAUUGUUCACCACCCAAUAUUAGACCGUCAACUCAUCACUCUCAUGUCUUGCACUACCAUGGCAGGGCAGAGAACUUUCUAUCGCCUCUUCUGCUGCUGCUGUUACAAUGAGGAGUUGCCAGAGAAGAGUCCUUUAAUCAGUGACACACUCUUGUACUUUGAUCGGGAAGUGAAGAGGAGAAGAGCAGAAGAGGCAAAUCUAUGGAACGAGCCACAAGAUGUGUCGCACACUGAAAGAGAUGAUGACAGAGAACUGUACAACUUGCUGCAAAAGAGAUCUCGAAUACGACGAGGCUCAGAGGGUUACCGGAGACUAAGUUUUGAUAUCAGCGCUCAUAGGCAGGUCCGCAAAGAGGUGAAGGAUCGCUGGAGGGUUCUUUUGGAAAACUUAGGUUUCCACAAUGAAGCAGACUCGUUGCUCACUGUCACUUCAAAUACAUCUUAUAACAGCCUGCGUGAUCCCACAGAGGCCCGUCGCCUGCUCAAUCUGCUAGCUCAGGAGACCAGUAUGUUUGAACAGCACACUAUUCCCCCCGAGAGGUACCUCUUUGUGCUGGACCGCCUCAUCGUUCUUGAUAUGGGAACAGAGUUUGUGUCCAUUGCCAGGAGGUUUUAUCCAGCAGAGGUCUUGACAAGCAGUGAGAAAGAAAUUGUGGAACCUGGUACGGCAGUCUUAGUGAGCCCUGGCUGGCAGGAGAUCGAAGAUGGUGGAGAGAAGGAUGAAGAGUGUGCUGAAGUGGAUGAAGAUAGCUUCCUAGUCAAACUGCUUGAGUGAUAUGAAAGAGACACUAUACCUAUUGCAUAAACCUUUCAAAAUUAUGCAUUUUAAAUAAGUAGCAUAUUCUAUUUUGCAUGCAACAUGUUUUGGUUCAUCAACAAUUUUCUUUUUGUAUCAGUGGCCCAGAACAGAAAUGUUCCCCUACUUAGCCAAGGACAGUAAUUAGUCACAGGCAACACCAUCAAAAUGAAAGUGGAGACUCUUACAUUCUCUACUGUCACCUCUGCCCAGCCUUCACUUACCAUUUACCUUAGAGACGAUGAACAGUUUGUAUUUUAUUGAGGGAUUUUGAACUUGGAUAGGUUAAGACAAAUUAUAGGAUGCCCAGAAUCAAUAAUAGAAUCAAUCAGAUCAGGGGUCAAGUCCUGGGGAAAAAAGUGUGGGAACUCCCACCAAAGAUCCACUCCCCCACCAAAAAGAAAAAA